UUUCUUCCAAGAUGCCUUUGGAUGGGUUUGAACUGCCAGCCUUUCAGCUAGUAAGGGAAUACUUAACCAUUUGCUCCACCGAGAGACUCCUAAUAGAUGUGUAGUUGCAUCUAAUUAAUAGUCUUUAAUUUGUAUUUCUCUAAAGUAAUGAUGAGCAUCUUUUCAUAUGCUUAUUUGCUUUCUUUAUCUCUCCUUCCAUGUAGUAUUUGUUAAGGCAUUUUGCUCAUUUUUUAUUGGAUUCGUCGUUCUCAUUGUUGAUCUUUUUAAAGAGUUCCUUGUAUAUUCUGUAUACAAGUCUGUUGUCAGCUAUGUGAUUUGUAAAUAUUUUCUCCUAGUCUGUGGCUUGUUUUUUUCACUCUCUUAACGGUGUCUUGCAGAGCAAAGUUGUUAAUUUUAAUAAAGACCAGUUUAUCAGUCUUUUCCUGUAUGGAUUGUGCUUUUUGAUGUUGCUCUAAAAAUUUAUUGCCAAACACAAGGUCACACAUUUUUCUCCUGUAUUUUUCUAGGUAUUUUAUUAGUUCAAGUUUUACCUAUAUGUGUAUGAUCUGUUUUGAGUUAUUUUUUAUAUUAAGGUGUGAGGUUUGUGUUAAGAUUCCUUUUUUUUUUUUUUGCAUAUGAACGUCUGAUUUUUUAGUCCAGUUGAUGAAAAGAUUGAAGAGCUUUUUAUUACCUCACUUUUGACUGCCUGUGUUCCAAGAACUGUUUUAAGUUAUCUAAUUCAGUUUUCAUAGCAAGUCCAUGUGACAGGUACUGCAGUUAUCCUCAGAUGAGGAAAUUAAGAAAAGAAAGUUUAGGUUAGUUGUCCAGAGUUACAGACUAGUAGGUGCCAGAACUGUAAUUCGAGUCUAAUGUUUUUCUCCAUGUAAGCCACAUUAAGGAAUUUGAGCUUCAUCUUUAAGGCCAAUGGCAAGAUUUAUGGAAGUCACAUGAUCAAAUCAUAUGAUUCAGAAAGAUGACCGAUUACAUUUGGAGAUUAGAUUGCAGGAUGGGAAAACAGGAAAAUAUUACAGUAUUUUGGGUGGUAGUGGUCUGAACAACGAGACAGUUGGAAUUGAAUGAAAUGGAUGGAUUUAAGCGAGGUAGGAAGUUACCUUGACAGGACUUAGUAAGUGAUUGGAUAUUGAGUAUAAGAAAGGAAAGAAUUAAAGUUAGAAGUUGGAAGAAAGUGUAAGUUGGAUGUUCCUGUGGUACAUGGGGUAGGAGGAGAGGGAAGGAGAUAAUUGGAAAUUUUGAAGAAGAAAGAGAUUUAGUUUGUAAAUACAAAUGUGUGGGGUCCUCAGCAGAUCUGUGGCACUUAAAGCAAUGAGAGUGGAUGAGAUUGCUCAGGAUACAAGGUAGAGAAGACAGUGCCUUGGACAAAAUUCUGAGGGGCACUAACAUUUAACAUUUUUUAUUGGAGAGAAAAUAGGAGUCUGUGAAGAAGCCUGAGAAGACGCCACUGGAAACAAAGUUUGAUCUGUGGAUGAAAUGAAUCAUGAUUUUCAAGCUCUUGCAUUAGAAUCUCGGGGAAUGGGAGAGGUUGUUAGCUUUGAAUGCGUACCACACAAUGCAGAAAAAGAGUCCAGUCACUCCUCUGGGCCACAAGAGGGCACCCUGCAGCUAGCUAACCCUCCCCUUCUCCAGAACAGCGUUUUCCAAAGAGUUUGUCAUUUUCAGAGGACUGAUUUAAGGCUUUUGCCUACGAAAAAGUUUUGGGAACCUGAUGAUUCAACAAAAGAUGGACAAAAAGGCAUAUUUCUUGGGGAUGAUGAAUGGAGAGAGACUGCAUGGGGAACUUCUCACCAUUCAAUGUCCCAGCCUAUUAUGGUACAGAGAAGAUCUGGACAAGGUUUUCAUGGAAACAGUGAAGUAAAUGCAAUACUGUCUCCGCGAUCAGAAAGUGGAGGCCUUGGUGUGAGCAUGGUAGAAUAUGUAUUAAGUUCCUCUCCUGCCGAUAAAUUGGAUUCUCGAUUUAGGAAAGGAACUUUUGGUACUAGAGAUGCUGAAACAGAUGGACCUGAGAAAGGAGAUCAAAAAGGCAAGGCUUCUCCAUUUGAGGAGGACCAAAACAGAGAUCUUAAACAAGGAGAUGAUGAUGAUUCUAAAAUAAAUGGCAGAGGUUUGCCAAAUGGAAUGGAUGCCGAUUGCAAAGAUUUUAAUCGUACUCCUGGAAGUCGUCAGGCCUCUCCAACUGAAGUAGUUGAGCGCCUAGGCCCCAAUACUAAUCCCCCAGAAGUAUUGGGGCCUCUUCCUAACCCUACAGCUAAUAAACCACUUGUUGAAGAAUUUUCAAACGCUGAAACUCAGAAUCUGGAUGCCAUGGAACAAGUUGGUCUGGAUUCCUUACAGUUUGACUAUCCUGGUAAUCAGGUACCAAUGGACUCUUCAGGAGCUACUGUAGGUCUUUUUGACUACAAUUCCCAGCAGCAGCUCUUUCAGAGGACUAAUGCACUAACAGUUCAACAGUUAACUGCAGCUCAGCAGCAGCAAUAUGCAUUAGCUGCAGCUCAGCAGCCACAUAUAGCAGGUGUAUUUUCAGCCGGCCUUGCUCCAGCUGCAUUUGUGCCAAAUCCAUAUAUUAUUAGUGCUGCUCCUCCAGGGACUGAUCCGUAUACUGCAGCAGGAUUGGCUGCAGCAGCAACAUUAGCAGGUCCAGCAGUGGUUCCACCUCAGUAUUAUGGUGUUCCGUGGGGAGUAUAUCCCGCCAAUUUAUUUCAGCAACAGGCUGCAGCAGCAGCAAACAACACAGCAAGUCAGCAAGCAGCAUCACAAGCCCAGCCUGGACAGCAACAGGUUCUCCGUGCUGGAGCAAGUCAGCGCCCGCUUACUCCCAAUCAGGGUCAGCAAGGGCAGCAAGCAGAAUCACUUGCAGCAGCUGCAGCAGCAAACCCAACUUUGGCUUUUGGUCAGGGUCUUGCUACCGGAAUGCCAGGCUAUCAAGUACUAGCUCCAACUGCCUAUUAUGAUCAGACUGGUGCCUUAGUGGUUGGUCCUGGAGCAAGAACUGGCCUUGGAGCUCCAGUUCGAUUAAUGGCUCCAACACCUGUUUUAAUUAGUUCAGCAGCAGCACAAGCUGCGGCAGCAGCAGCAGCUGGAGGAACUGCAGGUAGUCUUACCGGCACCACAAAUGGUCUGUUCCGGCCAAUUGGCACUCAGCCGCCACAGCAGCAGCAGCAACAGCAGCAGCCGAGCACUAAUCUGCAGUCUAAUUCAUUUUAUGGGAGCAGUUCUUUAAGUAAUAGCUCCCAGAGCACUUCUUUAUUUUCUCAUGGACCUGGUCAACCUGGAAGUGCAUCUCUUGGCUUUGGAAGUAGUGGCUCUUUGGGUGCUGCUAUAGGCUCAGCGCUCAGUGGAUUUGGUUCAUCAGUUGGCAGUUCUGCAAGUAGUAGUGCCACAAGGAGAGAGUCUCUAUCUACUAGCUCUGACUUGUACAAAAGACCUAGUAGCAGCCUAGCACCCAUAGGGCAACCAUUUUACAAUAGUCUGGGAUUUUCCUCCUCUCCAAGUCCAAUAGGCAUGCCUCUGCCAAGCCAAACUCCAGGACAUUCACUUACGCCACCGCCAUCACUUUCAUCACAUGGAUCCUCAUCCAGUUUGCAUUUAGGAGGACUGACAAAUGGUAGUGGUCGCUAUAUCUCUGCAGCACCUGGAGCAGAAGCAAAAUUUAGAGGUGCUUCAAGCACUUCCAGUCUAUUUAGUUCCAGCAGCCAGCUCUUUCCUCCUUCUCGGCUUCGAUAUAAUAGGUCUGAUAUUAUGCCUUCUGGCCGCAGUAGAUUAUUGGAAGAUUUCAGAAACAACCGCUUCCCAAACCUUCAACUUAGAGACUUGAUUGGACACAUAGUUGAAUUUUCUCAAGACCAACAUGGUUCUAGAUUCAUACAGCAAAAGCUAGAGAGAGCUACCCCAGCUGAACGACAGAUGGUAUUUAAUGAAAUUCUGCAAGCAGCUUAUCAGUUAAUGACAGAUGUUUUUGGCAACUAUGUUAUACAGAAGUUUUUUGAGUUUGGGAGUUUGGAUCAAAAAUUAGCCCUGGCUACUCGUAUUCGUGGUCAUGUCCUACCCUUAGCCUUGCAGAUGUAUGGCUGCCGUGUCAUUCAGAAAGCAUUAGAAUCUAUUUCAUCUGACCAGCAGGUAAUUAGUGAAAUGGUAAAGGAGCUAGAUGGGCAUGUACUCAAAUGUGUGAAAGAUCAGAAUGGAAACCAUGUUGUACAAAAGUGUAUUGAAUGUGUUCAGCCACAGUCACUACAGUUCAUCAUUGAUGCUUUCAAAGGACAAGUAUUUGUGCUAUCAACUCAUCCUUAUGGCUGCAGAGUAAUUCAGCGCAUCCUAGAGCAUUGCACUGCAGAACAGACCUUACCUAUCUUAGAAGAACUUCAUCAGCAUACAGAGCAGUUGGUACAGGAUCAGUAUGGCAAUUACGUUAUUCAGCAUGUACUGGAACAUGGUCGACCUGAAGACAAGAGCAAAAUUGUUUCUGAAAUCAGAGGAAAGGUCUUAGCCCUGAGCCAACACAAAUUUGCCAGCAAUGUAGUAGAAAAGUGUGUUACUCAUGCCUCCCGUGCUGAGAGAGCUUUACUGAUUGAUGAGGUUUGCUGCCAGAAUGAUGGUCCUCACAGUGCCUUAUACACCAUGAUGAAGGACCAGUAUGCCAAUUAUGUGGUUCAGAAGAUGAUUGAUAUGGCUGAACCUGCUCAGAGAAAGAUAAUCAUGCACAAGAUUCGACCUCACAUUACUACUCUGCGCAAAUACACGUACGGGAAGCAUAUACUGGCCAAGUUGGAAAAAUACUAUUUGAAAAAUAGCCCAGAUCUUGGGCCUAUUGGAGGACCACCAAAUGGAAUGCUGUAAAGGAAAAGGAGAUGAUGAUUUAACCAUGUGAAAAAGGAGUUUCUUUUGUGAAUUAUCAAAACACAACUAUGGAUCUUCAAAUUUUUUUUUUUAAAGCAAAACUAUUUAUUGACUUUAUUCAUCCAUUUGUAAAUUUUUAAAAGUUCUUGUGUAUAUUUGGGGGGUGGGUGGUGAAUUACAAAAUAUAUCCAGCCCUGAGCGGAGACCUAUCGGAUUGCUGGCAAAGCACAGAAUGCCUGUAUAUGAUGUAACUGUAUCAAAAAAAAAAAGCUGUCACAUAUUUUGUAAAUUUUUACCUUGUAAAGUCACAAAAAUAGUUUUUAAGGAAAAAGUACAGUAUUCUUUUAAUAAACUGGCUUGCAGUCUGGUAGGUCUGCGACCCCACAGCACAACAGGUUUAUAGAGAUGUAUAUAGAAUUACAGUCAUUUUUUUUUUCCUUUGUGUGAAGCCUUUUAUAACAGAUUAGCAAUCAACUGCAUAAAUAUUAUUAAUAUUUUAAAUGAGAAAGUUAAGUUGUAUUUUGGUAAUUCACAAACUAUCAUGCAAAUAAAAACUCAGCAAGUAAGACAAGAAUUAAAUGAUUUGAGAAGAAAAUAACCUACAUUAAUUACUGUGGAUGUGGUUUUAAUACAAAUACUGCCCUAAAAUGUCUCUGGCAAUGUACAGAAGUAUUGUAUAUACUUACAUAUGUAAUUGUUGUAAGAGAUAGAGAAAACAAAAUCAUGGUGACACUUCCAUCCAGUUAAUUGCGCUAAAUGAAAAGUCCCAUAUUAACUUUUCAGUUUGGUUUGCAAUGAGAAAGAGUGGAAAUUUGUAUUUUGUUUUGCUUAUAGAAUUACAAAGACAGGAAAUGUUGGGCUUUAUUUUGCUUUCCUAUAUUAGAUACAGAAAGUAGGAACCAGAGAGAGGUGAAAAGGGGCCACUGAAAAGUGAAUUUGAUAGCUCAACAUUUAAGCAUGAUUACAUAUUCAGAUAGCUUUUUUUGCUUCCUAUAAAUAUAUGCAUUGUGUGUGUAGUAAUAGAUGUAAGUUUACACUUUGAAAGCAAAUCUUGUUUCAAUGCUUAUUAUAAAAGCCUUGCUAAUUUAGUAGUGAUGCUGACCUUGGUUGUACAGGUGUACAUUUGUAAACCUUCAUGCUGUAAAUGGAAUUUGUUUUAUCUCUUCGGGAAACAUUUGCAUUUUAGUGUACAUUUAUGUCCCUGCCCUCUUUGACUUGGCAUAUAGUGUUGUAUAAUGUAAAUUUAUUUCUCCAAAUCGAGAGUGAUUUUUUAAAAAAAAUUUUUUAUCUUUAUAUGGUUUCAGAGGUAUGAAGCAGCUUUCUUUUUAUUAUUGUGAUACACAUUUUGUUUUAUAACAUAGUUGUUGACUCUGUUAAUAUGGACGUGCUAGGAUUUGGGUCGCUUUCAAUUGAAGUCAGGGUAUUGUGCAUAAUAGAAAGUAUUGGACUGAGAUAUUUGGUUACCAUGGAGGCCAAUGCUUUUUCCAUCUUACUAAAUGUGAUGUGACUUCUUUUUUUUUGUACAGAAGAGUACUGUAUUUUUGAAUAGCCUACUCCCAAGUAAGAGCAAAUCUGUAUGAUAACAUUUUUUUCUCUGGACAUAAGACACAGUAACAUAUAAUGUACAUUUACAAGCGGCCUUAUGUACAUUUCCCAACAAUCUUUUUAAGGCAAAAUUGUGACCAUAUGUGUAUAAUUAAAAUCGUUUUUAAUCCUU